CCCAAAUUAGUUAAGCCCAACAAAAUUAGCCCACUAUCACACUUGUACAUGGGAUUUUGAAAACAACGCCCAACUUUGAGACCAGAGGUGAAGAUCGAAGAACUCUUUCCGGCGGGGCUGCGUUGAAUUAGUAGCUAUAUUUAAGCUUGUUCGGAAAUGUUGUCCGGUCUUUUAUAGCAAACGGUAGUAUUCACAAAAUCCAGGAUUAGAAGUUGAGAAAUUGAGUACUUCUGGUUGAGGAAAAAUAUUCACAACUGAAACAGAGGCUUCACGGAAAAUUUGGCUUCUACAGCAGUAAACAGUGUUAUGGAGAAAGCGGAGAAGAAGCUGAAACUGUCAACAAACUCAAACAGCACCUUAUUGCCGAUAUCAUCAUUAUAUACAUUUAUCCUACAUACAAUAUGUGGUCUAGGUUUAGCUUUAGCAUACUGGGUUGCGCACAAUGUGUACUCCGUCAGUCUCGUGAAUGAUCCGACUCAAACCCUCCGUCUUAUCUGGGUUAUCGAGGCCCCAAUUGUGAUCCUUCUUUUUAGUGGUUUUCGACAACAUCCGAAUCAGUGCUCAUACAUUAAAGCUGUGGGAAGAGGUUUACUUGGUCUCCCGGCUGGAGCUAUAGUCAAUGCACUUGGAGCUAUAGCUUUGGGAGCACCUGUUGGCAUUCAGCAUUUUUCAAAGACCGCCAACUGGUCAAUUCUAAUGUCAGUAUUCACUAUUGUCCCAACAGCUUCUGUUUUUGGUUCUUCAUGGAUUGAAUGGCGACGGAUAUUUGCACAUGCAAAGUUGGUUGCUUCAGUGUCUUAUAUUUGUUGGAUCAUCAAUUUAAUUGUGCAGGCCAAAUGGACCAAUAGAUCUGUUAAUCUGUCUACCUGCACACGGAGCUGUUAUAGGUGCUUGGUUUGGAGCCUGGCCAAUGCCCCUUGAUUGGGAAAGACCGUGGCAGGAAUGGCCAAUUUGUGUGAGUUUUGGAGCUAUGGCUGGGUAUAUGGUAGGGAUAGUGGCAUCAUUCAGUAUAUCUCUAUUCCAGAAGCAUUUGAAGAAAGAGUAAUAGUGGCCAAUUUGUGUGAAUUUUGGAGCUGUGGCUGGGUACAUGGUAGGGAUAGUGGCAUCGUUCGGUAUGUCUCUCUUCCAGAAGCAUUUGAAGAAAGACUGAUAUAUCAGCCCAAGAAAAUAUCAAAGGAUGAAACUUCUUAUUGUUUGACUUUGUUCGAAAACAGGUCCUGUAAAAGUAGGUUUGUAUGAUUGGCCAACAAUUACAUACCGAAAGCAAGAAAUUGAGACUCAAAGAUGAUAAAUGUUAUGUGUAAUUCAUUUAUAUUUUAACAAUUUUGUUCAAUGUUAGUCUGCCUGAUGAGUAGUUCUUGUUUUGUGUGACAACA